AACCAAUCAAUCAUAUUCAUCAUUUUCCUAUAAAAUCUCAUAUACAAUACAGCUUUAGUUACAAUUAAAACAAUGUCUUUUGAAAUUUACAUAUUACCCUUUUUCGGACAAGGCCAUAUUUUCCCAUGCGUAGAGCUAUGCAAACGCUUCGCUUCCAGAAACUUCAACGUGACCCUCAUCAUCUCCUCCAACAUCGCCACAUUUAUUCCUUCUUUUCUUCAUCAACACCCUCUCCUCAGAAUCGCUCAAAUCCCAUCGCCACCGUCACAGCCACCGCUACACCAUGAAGACCUUAGUCAAGGGCUCGAAAAAAUCCUAUCGGAAUCAACCCGACCCGUUUGUGCCAUCAUUGACAUCAUGAUGAAUUGGUCAGCACAUGUUUUCAAGAAAUUCCAGAUUCCCAUGGUGGCCUUCUUCACCUCCGGCGCCUGCUCCACCGCCAUGGAGCUCGCUCUUUGGAAAGUCAACCCGUUAGAAUUAAAACCCGGUGAGACCCGUUUGCUUCCCGGGUUUCCCCAAGACAUGGCGCUCACGUAUUCGGACCUCAAACAACGACCUCACCACCCUCCUCCGCCGCCGACGCAUCACGGCGGAGCUGGGUUUCCUCCGCCUCCGAGUGGAGCGGGGCAACGAAGGAGGGGACCCCCGAAACACGGGGAUCCACCACCGUGGUUGGAGGAGGUUCAAGAAACCGUUGCGUUGAUGAUCAACACGUGUCAUGAUCUGGAACAUCCAUUUAUUACUUACAUCGCGAACGAUAUCGGUAAACCGGUCUGGGGUGUUGGACCGCUUUUGCCCGAGCAGUAUUGGAAGUCCGCGGGUUCACUUCUACUCGACCGGGAUGUUCAAUCGAACCGGCAGUCCAGCGUCACGGAAGAAGAAGUGAUCCAGUGGUUAGAUUCAAAGCCACGUGGAUCAGUACUAUACGUGUCGUUUGGAAGCGAAGUGGGUCUCAGCGUGGAGGAGUAUAAAGAGCUUGCUCAAGCAAUGGAGGAGUUGUGUGAGCAUGUACCGUUUAUAUGGGUGCUCCAACCCGGUUCGGGUAGACCCAGUCCAGGAGCUGAAGAAGGGUAUUUUCCUCAUGGGUUGGAUAGUAUAGUUGGGAAUAAGGGUUUGAUAAUACGUGGAUGGGCACCACAAUUGUUGAUACUGAGUCACCCUUCAACGGGUGGGUUUUUAUCCCAUUGUGGCUGGAACUCCACGAUGGAAGCUAUUGGACGUGGGGUUCCAUUCUUGGCCUGGCCCAUUAGGGGUGACCAAUACCAUGACGCCAAGUUGGUGGUGUCCCAUCUUAAGGUGGGUUACAAGGUCACUGAUGAUCUAUCGGAGAAGGUAACCAAGGAUCAUAUAGUUAUGGGAAUCAAGAAGUUGAUGGGUGAUAAAGAAAUGAAGAAGAUGGCUGGGAUUCUUAGUGCUAAGUUUCAACAUGGGUUUCAUUCAAGUUCGGUGGCUGCUUUAGAUGAUUUCAAGGAUUAUAUAAAUCAGAGCUUUGUCUGGGGCUCGGCUCCAUCAGCAUAUGUUUGAUGUUUCUUCAUGCAACGUACUGGCGCUAUCCUCUUCCGCCACUAUAAUGUUACAUUACAUGUUAUUGCUUCAACUAGAAUGGAUUUAGUUACUUGUCAUGACAUCAUAGUGUUGGCGUACUUUAUUAAUACUUAAC